AUGCUCAUCGUCCUCCCCCUCGCGCUUAUCCUCCUUUUCGCGGUGAUCUUUUUCCCUGUAUACUUCACUCGCCAUAGAUCCACUCCCUCUUCUUCCAACAGCCUGAGUACAGGUGGGACGAGCAGUACAGAGUCGAGCAUAAGAUCUCGGACAACCCCUGGUGCAGUUUGGGUUCAGAAUGUCAACUUUAAAGACUUGGACGAUUUGCGAAUCGAUUAUUAUUCCAGUGGACAGGUGAAUUCUAAGGUGCUCGUUGCCGGUUUACCUAGCAAUGUUUGGAGUGAUACGCCUCCAAGUUUGGGCUUGAGGGAUAGAGGCGUGGUUAGACGCCAAGUUGCUUCCUCCUCUUCUUCCACUAAACACCCUUCAUCGCACCCUCCUUCCACAACUAGAGCUUCCAACACCGAAACUACUCCCAAUACCCCUUCGACCUUGGUCGCAGCCUCGACUUCUCCUCAGGCCUCGUCUUCCCCCUCCCCAGCACCGGCACCUGCACCUGCACCUGCACCUGCACCUGCACCUGCACCCCGAUCAAACGGCAGUUCAGUACUGCAAAUCUUCUACCCAGCGCAAUCUUAUACCCCCUCCGAACUCCCCGUAGGCGGGACGCAAUUCUAUGCCUCCACACCCUUCCUCCUCUCCCUUGCCACCUCGGUAACUUUCAACUACUCUGUCUUCUUCCCUCUCUACUACGACUUUGUACUUGGCGGCAAGCUUCCUGGUCUAUACGGCGGAACGGAAGGUUGUGGUGGAGGAAACAAUGCCGAGCACUGUUGGAGCUCUCGGAUGGCUUGGAGAUCAGGUGGCUUGGGUGAAUUAUAUGCCUAUCUACCGCAGCAUAAACAGAACACAAGUGCGAUGCUCGACGUCAAGCCUUACAGCUAUGUGAAUCCUGUUUAUGGGAUGUAA